AUGGGGCUGCCGCUAGCUUGUCUAGUGGCUCUCUGUCUGGCCCUGGCCUCGGCCGGAACCCAGGAGCUCCGCAGAGAAGGCAGGUCCCGGAACCAUGGCCACAACGUCUGCAGCACCUGGGGCGACUUCCACUACAAGACCUUCGACGGCGACGUCUUCCGCUUCCCUGGCCUCUGCGACUACAACUUUGCCUCCCACUGCCGAGGGGCCUACAAGGAGUUUGCGGUGCACGUGAAGCGUGGGCCGGGCCGGGGCGGACACCCCGAGCUCGAGUCCGUCUUGCUCACCGUAAAGGAUGAUACCAUCUACCUCACCCGGCAGCUGGCGGUGGUAAACGGGGCCAUGGUCAGCACCCCGCACUACAGCCCGGGGCUGCUCAUCGAGAGGAGCGACUCCUACACGAAGGUGUACUCGCGCGCUGGCCUGUCCCUCAUGUGGAACCGGCAGGAUUCGCUCAUGCUGGAGCUGGACAGCAAAUUCCGGAACCACACGUGCGGGCUCUGCGGGGACUUCAACGGCCUCCAGACAUACUCCGAGUUCCUGGCGGAUGGAGUGCCCUUCAGUGCUGUGGAGUUCGGGAACAUGCAGAAAAUCAACAAGCCCGAAGCCGAGUGUGAGGACCCCGAGGAGCCCUCGGCCCCCGAUUCCUGCUCUAAAUACCGCACCGAGUGCGAGCGGCUGCUGAGCCUGGAGGCCUUCGAGGACUGCCAGGACCGGGCCCCCCGCGAGCUCUACGUGCAGGCCUGCAUGCAGGACCGCUGUCGGUGCACGCUGGGCGACGCCUGCGUCUGCAGCACCCUGGCCGAGUACUCCCGCCAGUGCUCCCACUCCGGCGGGCGCCCCGGGAACUGGAGGACCGCCACGCUCUGCCCCAAGAGCUGCCCAAGGAACAUGGUUUACAUGGAGAGCGGCUCCCCCUGCAUGGACACCUGCUCUCACCUGGAGGUCAGCAGCCUGUGCGAGGAGCACGCCAUGGACGGCUGCUUCUGCCCUGAAGGCACUGUGUUUGACGACAUUGCUGGCAGUGGCUGCAUCCCCGUGAGCCAGUGUCACUGCAAACUGCACGGCCACCUGUACGCCCCUGGACAGCAGGUCACCAACGAGUGUGAACACUGCGUUUGCCAAGCCGGCCGCUGGUCCUGCAAGAAUCUCCCGUGCCCCGGCACCUGCGCCCUGGAAGGUGGCUCUCACAUCACCACCUUCGAUGGAAAGAAAUACACCUUCCACGGGGACUGCUACUAUGUGCUGAUGAGGGGCGAUCACAACGACUCCUACGCCCUCCUGGGUGAGCUGGGGCCCUGCGGCUCCACAGACAAGCAGACGUGCCUCAAGACGGUGGUGUUGCUCCUAGACAAGAAGAAAAACGUGGUGGCCUUUAAGUCUGAUGGCAGCGUCCUGCUGAACGACCUGAGGGUGAACCUGCCACAUGUGGCCGCGAGCUUCUCCGUCUUCCAACCCUCGUCCUACCAUAUCAUCGUGGAAACGGGCUUUGGUAUGCAGCUGCAGGUGCAGCUGGUGCCGGUGCUGCAGCUCUUCGUGAGAAUGGAACAGGCGGCACAGGGUCGCAUGCAGGGUCUCUGCGGGAACUUCAACGGGUUGGCGGGUGACGACUUCAAGACGCCUGGCGGACUGGUGGAGGCCACUGGGGCCAGCUUUGCCAACACCUGGAAGGCCCAGUCCAGCUGCCACGACCAACUGGACUGGCUGGAUGAUCCCUGCUCCCUCAACAUCGAGAGUGCCAACUACGCUGAGCACUGGUGCUCCCUGCUCCGGAAGGCAGAGACGCCCUUCGCCCGGUGUCACUCUGCUGUGGACCCAGCUGAGUACUACAAGAGGUGCAAGUACGACACUUGCAACUGUCAGAACAACGAGGCCUGCAUGUGUGCCGCCCUGUCCUCCUACGCCCGCGCCUGCGCCGCCAAGGGUGUCAUGCUCUGGGGCUGGCGCGAACGUGUCUGCAACAAGGACGUGGGUGCCUGCCCCAACUCCCAGGUCUUCCUCUACAACCUCACCACCUGCCAGCAGACGUGCCGCUCGCUGUCCGAGCCCGACUCCCACUGCCUCCGUGGCUUCGCUCCCGUGGACGGCUGCGGCUGCCCGGACCACACCUUCCUGGACGAGAAAGGUCGCUGCGUGCCCCUGGCCAAGUGCUCCUGCUACCACCGCGGCCUCUACCUGGAGGCAGGCGAGGUGGUGCUGCGGCAGGAGGAACGCUGUGUCUGCAAGAACGGGAGGCUGCACUGCAUGCAGGUCAAGCUGCUGGGACAGAGCUGCCCAGCCCCGAAGAGGCUCGUGGACUGCAGCAACAUGACCGCUCUGGCCAUCAGGACCCCUCGCCCCCUCAGCUGCCAGACGCUGGCCACAGGCUACUAUCAUACGGAAUGUGUGAGCGGCUGCGUGUGUCCAGAGGGGCUGUUGGACGAUGGACGCGGCGGCUGCGUGAAGGAGGAGGACUGUACCUGCACGCACAACCAGGACCUCUUCUCCCCCGGGGAGAAGAUCGAGGUGGACUGCAACACCUGCACAUGCCAGAAGGGACGCUGGGAGUGCACUGAGAACGUCUGCUACGGUACCUGUACCAUCUAUGGCAGCGGCCACUACAUCACCUUUGACGGGAAAUACUAUGACUUUGAUGGUCACUGCUCCUACGUGGUGGCUCAGGACUACUGUGGCCACAACUCCUCGAGGGGCACCUUCAGCGUGGUCACCGAGAACGUGCCCUGCGGCACCACUGGCGUCACCUGCUCCAAGGCCAUCAAGAUCUUCAUGGGGAGGACAGAGCUGAAGCUGGAGGAAAAGCACCGCGUCGUAAUCCACAGGGACCAGGGCCACCACGUCACCUACACCACCCGGGAGGUGGGCCUGUACCUGGUGGUGGAGGCCAGCAUCGGCCUCAUCGUCAUCUGGGACAAGAGGACCACCGUCUUUGUCAAGCUCGCUCCUUCCUACAAGGGUACUGUGUGUGGCUUAUGCGGCAACUUUGACCAACGCUCCAACAAUGAAUUCACCACGCGAGACAACAUGGUGGUGGAGAGCGAGCUGGACUUCGGCAACAGCUGGAAGGAGGCCUCCACCUGCCCGGACGUGAGCACCACCCCGGACCCGUGCUCCAAGAACCCGCACCGCCGUGCGUGGGCCGAGAAACAGUGCAGCAUCAUCAAGGCCUCAACGUUCCAGACCUGCCACGGAAAGGUGGACCCCAUGCCCUUCUAUGAGGCCUGCGUCCACGACUCGUGUUCCUGCGACUCUGGUGGUGACUGCGAGUGCUUCUGCUCAGCCGUGGCCUCCUACGCCCAGGAGUGUACCAAGGAAGGCGCCUGCGUGUUCUGGAGAACCCCUGACCUGUGCCCCAUCUUCUGCGACUACUACAACCCCCGUGACGAGUGCGAGUUCCACUAUGAGCCAUGCGGCAACCGCAGCCUGGCGACCUGCAGGACCUUCAAUGGCAUCCACUCCAACAUCUCCGUGUCCUACCUGGAGGGCUGCUACCCCCGCUGCCCCGAGGGCAAGCCCCUCUUUGACGAGGACAAUAUGAGGUGCGUCACGGAGGACGAGUGCGGCUGCUACGUGGACGACACCCACUAUCCACCGGAAGCGUCCAUUCCCUCUGACGACAUCUGCCAGUCAUGUGUAUGCAACGCUUCGAAAGUUGAUUGCAAACCAGACGUAGGGAAGCUUGUCAACUACACCCAAGAUGGCUCCUUCUGCUACUGGGAGAUCUGUGGACCCAAUGGCACAGUGGAGAAGCAUUUCAACAUCUGUGUGGCCACCCCAACACCCUCGUCUUACCCGCCACCAUCCACGAGCCCUAUCACCACCACCACCAUCAGAACCACCACCACCACCACCACCACCACCACCACGCCGAGCACAGCCUCGCCUCCUUCCUCAACUACUCCAAAAGUGUGCUGUUUCUGGUCUGACUGGAUCAAUGAGAACCGCCCAAACAACAACUUUGAGGGGGGUGACCAGGAGAGCUUUGACAGUGUGUGCCAGGCCCCAGAGGACAUAGAGUGCCGAUCGGCCAAGGAGCCCCACCUCAGCUUGGAGGAGCUGGGCCAGAAGGUGCUGUGUGAUGUCUCCUCUGGUUUUGUCUGCCGGAAUGAAGACCAGCUCGGAAAUGGACCCUUUGGAAUCUGUUAUGACUACAAGAUCAGAGUUAACUGUUGUUUGCCAAUGGACGAGUGUCCCACUCCCUCACCACCCACCCCGGCUCCAACCACUACCUCUACCACCUCAACUACCACCAUCUCUACCACCUCACCAACCACCACACCUCCAACCUCCACACCGACCGCCUCCUCUACCACCUCACCAACCACCACACCUCCAACCUCCACACCGACCGUCUCCUCUACCAUAUCACCAACUACCACCUCUUCAACGUCGCCAACCACCAUAAUCACACAUUCGACUACCACACCAACCACACCUCCAACAACCACAUCGACUGUCUCAUCUACCAUCACAAAAACCACCACUGCUUCUACAACCUCGCCGACGACCACCUCACCAACCACCACCUCUACAGCCUCACCUACCACCACACCAACUGCACCUCCAACCACCACACCAACUGCACCUCCAACCACCACACCAACCAUCUCCUCUACCACCUUGGUAACCACCAUACCGACAGUCGUCUCAUCUACGACACUACCACUCUCAUCUACGACACUACCACCCACCUCCACGACAACCUUAUCUACCAUCACCUCACCAACCACCACACCUCAAACCUCCACACCAACCAUCUCUUCUACCACCUCACCAACAACAUGUGACGAGGACUGCAAAUGGACAGGAUGGGUGGACUCCGGGAAGCCAGACUUUACCAAACCAGGAGGAGAUAAUGAGUCCAUCGUGGGCAUCUGUGAAGACAAUACGUGGGCAGAAAACAUCUCCUGCAGGGCCGUGAUGUACCCCAACGCCUCCCUCGAGAGCCUGGGACAGAAAGUGACUUGCAACCUCACCCAUGGACUGGUGUGCAGAAACCAGGACCAGAAGCCAGGGGGACCCAUACCUCAACCCUUCUGCCUCAACUACGAGGUCAACGUCUACUGCUGUGGGUACUGUAGUCAAAUAACCACCACGAGGAUCCCAGAGACCACCACAACUCCCAUUACCACCAUCACUGAGACCUCAGAGCCAACCACAAGCCCCUUCUCGACCACCACUUCCACUGAGACCCCAACGCCAACGCCCACCACCACCUCCACUCAGACCCCAACGCCAACGCCCACCACCUCCACUCAGACCCCAACGCCAACACCCACUAUCACCUCCACUGAGACCCCAACGCCAACGCCCACCACCACCUCCACUCAGACCCCGACCACAACAACCUCUGAGUCCUCAACUACAACAUCCACAACCCCAGGGACAUCAUCUCCCACCACCACCACAUCAACUCAGAUGCCAACCACAACAUCAACUGGCACCUCCACUGGAUCUCCAACUUCAAGCCCUACCACCCCAGGGACCACAUCUCCCACUACCACUGGGACACCAACUCCAUCAUCUACCACCACCCCCUCUGGCCACUCAACUACAACUCCCACCAUCACCCCCACUGGGACCCCAACUCCAUCCUCUACUAUCUUCACUGGCUCCCCAACUCCAACUCCAACCACUACCCCAACUACAGCAUCUACAACCACCUCUACUGAGAUCACAACCACAACAUCUACCACGCCAGGGACCACAACUCCCACCACCACUGGGACCCCAACUACAACUCCUACCACCACCCCCACUGGGACCCCAACUCCAUCAUCUACCACCACCACCCCUGGCCACUCAACUACAACUCCCACCAUCACCCCCACUGGGACCCCAACUCCAUCCUCCUCUACUAUCUCCACUGGCUCCCCAACUCCAACCACUACCCCAACAGGGACCCCAACUACAGCAUCUACAACCACUUCUACUGAGAUCACAACCACAACAUCUACCACGCCAGGGACCACGACUCCCACCACCACUGGGACCCCAACUACAACUCCAACCACCACCCCCACUGGGACCCCAAUUCCAUCAUCUACCACCACCCCCUCUGGCCACUCAACUACAACUCCCACCAUCACCCCCACUGGGACUCCAACUCUAUCAUCCACUACUAUCUCCACUGGCUCCCCAACUCCAACUCCAACCACUACCCCCACUGGGACCCCAACUACAGCAUCUACAACCACCUCUACUGAGAUCACAACCACAACAUCUACCAUGCCAGGGACUACGACUCUCACCACCACUGGGAUCCCAACUACAACUCCAACCCCCACUGGGACCUCCACACAGACGCCGACACCAAUACCCACCAGUACAGGCACAACCCCCAGCAGUACUACUACCACUGAACGCUCAACCCCUACUUUCACUGUGACAUCAACCAUGACACCUACCACCACCGUGGGGACCCCAACCACACCAUUCACCAGCACUGAGUCUCCAAUCCCAACCACCUCCACAACCACCCUCACCACCUCUCCAACCACCGCUUCGACCACCUCACCAAUAACACCCACUGCAUCCCCAACCUCACCAACAACAUGUGAUGAAGACUGCAAAUGGACAGGAUGGGUGGACUCCGGGAAACCAGACUUUACCAAACCAGGAGGAGAUAAUGAGUCCAUCGUGGGCAUCUGUGAAGACAAUACGUGGGCAGAAAACAUCUCCUGCAGGGCCGUGAUGUACCCCAACGCCUCCCUCGAGAGCCUGGGACAGAAAGUGACUUGCAACCUCACCCAUGGACUGGUGUGCAGAAACCAGGACCAGAAGCCAGGGGGACCCAUCCCUCAGCCCUUCUGCCUCAACUACGAGGUCAACGUCUACUGCUGUGGGUACUGUAGUCAAAUAACCACCACGAGGAUCCCAGAGACCACCACAACUCCCAUUACCACCACCACCACUGAGACCUCAAAGCCAACCACUACAAGUCCCUUCUCGACCACCACCUCCACUGAGACCCCAACGCCAACGCCCACCACCACCUCCACUCAGACCCCGACCACAACAACCUCUGAGUCCUCAACUACAACAUCCACAACCCCAGGGACAUCAUCUCCCACCACCACCACAUCAACUCAGAUGCCAACCACAACAUCAACUGGCACCUCCACUGGAUCUCCAACUUCAAGCCCUACCACCCCAGGGACCACAUCUCCCACUACCACUGGGACACCAACUCCAUCAUCUACCACCACCCCCUCUGGCCACUCAACUACAACUCCCACCAUCACCCCCACUGGGACCCCAACACCAUCCUCCUCUACUAUCUCCACUGGCUCCCCAACUCCAACUCCAACCACUACCCCAACAAGGACCCCAACUACAGCAUCUACAACCACCUCUACUGAGAUCACAACCACAACAUCUACCACUCCAGGGACCACGACUCCCACCACUACUGAGACCACAACUACAACUCCAACCACCACCCCCACUGGGACCCCUACUCCAUCAUCUACCACCACCCCCUCUGGCCACUCAACUACAACUCCCACCCUCACCCCCACUGGGACCCCAACUCCAUCAUCUACCACCACCCCCACUGGGACCCCAACUACAAAAUCUACAACCACCUCUACUGAAAUCAUAACUACAACAUCCACCACCUCAGAGACCACUACUCCCACUGAGACUACAACUCCCACCACCACCCCCACUGGGACCCCAACACCAACAUCUACCACCCCAGGAACAACAACUACCACCACUACCCCCACUAGCCCAACCCAGAGUACUUUUACCACCACAAUCUCUACAGAGUCCCCAACCCUGACCCCUACUAUUACCACCUCCAAAGAAACAUCAAGUCCAACAUCCAUGACACCUGAGGUCACAACUCCCACCACAACUGCAUCCACUGAGCCCCCAACAUCAACCCCCAGCAUUGUUGUCACCACCACAUCUACUCAGACCUCAACUUCCACCACCACCACCCCAGGGACCAUGACUACCACCCCCACUGGCAUUCAAACCCCAACAUUCAGCACCACCACGCCAAGUGAAACCCCAACACCAACUCCCACUACCAGCUCUACUGAGACUCCAACCCCAACACCCACAACUACCACUACUCGGACCCCAACUACAACUCCCACCACCAGCACCACUGGGUCCCCAACCCCAACUCCCACCACCAUCUCCACUAAGACCCCAACUCCAUCAUCCGCCACCACCACAACUGAGAUAUCAACUACAACAUCCACCACCCCAGGGACCACGACUCCCACCACCACUGGGACCCCAACUCCAUCAUCCACCACCACACCCACUGGUUCUCCAACUACAACUACCACCACAACUCCCACUGGAACCCCAACUCCAUCAUCCACCCCCACCCCCACUGGUUCUCCAACAACAACCCCCACUGGGACCCCAACUACAGCAUCUACAACCACCUCUACUGAGAUCACAACCACAACAUCCACCACACCAGGAACCACAACUCCCACCCCCACUGGGACCCCAACUACAACUCCCACCACAACCCCCACUGGGACCCCAACAACAACCCCCACCACAACCUCCACUGGGACCCCAACAACAAUUCCCACCACAACCCCCACUGGUUCUCCAACAACAACCCCCACCACAACCCCCACUGGGACCCCAAUUCCAUCAUCCACCACCACCCCCACUGGUUCUCCAACAACAACCCCCACCACAACCCCCACUGGGACCCCAACUACAGCAUCUACAACCACCUCUACUGAGAUCACAACCACAACAUCCACCACACCAGGAACCACAACUCCCACCCCCACUGGGACCCCAACUACAACUCCCACCACAACCCCCACUGGGACCCCAACAACAACCCCCACCACAACCCCCACUGGGACCCCAACAACAACCCCCACCACAACCCCCACUGGGACCCCAACUACAGCAUCUACAACCACCUCUACUGAGAUCACAACCACAACAUCCACCACACCAGGAACCACAACUCCCACCCCCACUGGGACCCCAACAACAACCCCCACCACAACCCCCACUGGGACCCCAACAACAACCCCCACCACAACCCCCACUGGGACCCCAACUCCAUCAUCCACCACCACCCCCACUGGUUCUCCAACAACAACUCCCACCACAACCCCCACUGGGACCCCAACUACAGCAUCUACAACCACCUCUACUGAGAUCACAACCACAACAUCCACCACACCAGGAACUACAACUCCCACCCCCACUGGGACCCCAACUACAACUCCCACCACAACCCCCACUGGGACCCCAACUCCAUCAUCCACCACGACCCCCAUUGGUUCCCCAACUACAACCCCAACCACCACCCCUACUGGUUCUCCAACUCCAUCAUCCACCACGAUCCCCACUGGGACCCCAACUACAGCAUCUACAACCACCUCUACGGAGAUCACAACUACAACAUCCACCACCCCAGGAACCACGACUCCCACCACCGCUGGGACCCAGUCCUCAUCCUCUAGCACAGUUACCACCACUACAGUGCCCUCCGGGGAGCCCACCACCACCAAGCCCCCUCCUGUGACCUCCUCGCCUCCUGUCACGGAGUCCACCACUGUGGAGACGCCCAGCCAGCCUCCAGCCUCCACCACCACAGAGGGGACACCCACUACUGUCAGAAGCACUCCACCUGCCACUCCGUCUCACCCUGGCAGCACCCCUCCAGGUACUUCCCCAGAGACCACCUCUACCAGUGGGACCACGACACUGCCCCCCUCGACCACCACGAGCUCCCGUUCCACGCCCACACACCCUCCUGUGACUGUGUCCACGACCACCACGGGAAUCACCAUCUCGAACGCGACGCAGACCAGCACCACCAUGGCCUCCAGUGUGUCCGUACCCACGCAGAGUCCCAUCGUCACGCCCAGCAUCAGCCAGAUCACAGGCUCCAACACACCCACCUCGGAGCAGGUCGAAUGCUGCGUACUCAAUGGCACCUACUUUGCUCCAGGAGAGCUGGUGUACAACAGCACGCACGGGGACACCUGCUACUACGUCAUCUGCUCCGAGAACUGCACCUUCCUGUUCUUCAACUGGUCAUGUCCUUCCACACCCGUGCCCACGUCUUCACCCACCCCUGCCACUGCCAAGCCCACCACUCCUCACAGACCCCCGGUUCCCACCACGUCCACGCCGUCCACCCCGACCAAGAGUCCUGGGUGUCCAGACUUCGAUCCUCCCCGGAAGGAGAACGAGACCUGGUGGCUGUGCAACUGCACCCAGGCCAUCUGCAAGCAUGACAACACGGUGGAGAUAGUGCAGGUGGAGUGCAAGCCACCACCCAUGCCAACCUGCUCCAACAACCUCACCCCAGUGCGCGUCAUGGACCCUGAUGGCUGCUGUUGGCACUGGGAGUGCGACUGCUACUGCACCGGCUGGGGUGACCCCCACUACGUCACCUUCGACGGGCUCUACUACAGCUAUCAGGGCAACUGCACCUAUGUGCUGGUGGAGGAGAUCACCCCUAACGUGGACAACUUCGGUGUCUACAUCGACAACUACCACUGCGACCCCACCGACCAGGUGUCCUGUCCCCGCACUCUCAUUGUGAGGCACGAGACCCAGGAGGUGCUGCUGAAGACCGUGUCCAUGGCCCCCAUGGUGGUGCAGGUGCAGGUGAACAAGCAGGCCGUGGCACUGCCCUACAAGAAGUUCGGGCUGGAGGUGUCCGAGUCCGGCAUCAACUACGAGGUGUCCAUCCCGCGGCUGGGCGCCGUCAUCUCCUACAACGGCCUGUCCUUCUCAGUCCUGCUGCCCUUCCGCCUGUUCGGACACAACACCAAGGGCCAGUGCGGCACCUGCACCAAUAGCACCGAGGAUGACUGCAUGCUGCCCAGUGGGGAAGUGGUGGCCGACUGUGAGGCGGCCGCAGACCAUUGGGUGGUGAACGACCCGUCCAAGCCCCACUGCCCGAGUUCCAGCCUCCCCACCAAGCGCCCAGCCCUCACCACACCUGGUGGCGGCAGCUGUGCCUCCAAGCUCUGCGACCUCAUCAAGGGCAGCCUGUUUUCGGCAUGCCAUGCCCUGGUGCCACCCCAGCACUACUACGAGGCCUGCCUGUUCGACAGCUGCGUUGUGCCUGGAGACCACCUGGAGUGUGCCAGCCUGCAGGCCUAUGCCACCCUUUGCGCCCACGAGGGUGUCUGUAUUGACUGGCGCAACCACACCCAGGGGGCCUGCUCACUGAACUGCUCAUCUCACAGAGAGUAUCGGGCAUGCGGACCUGCCCAGGAGCCCUCUUGCAAGUCCAGCGCCCCGGAGCAGAACAACACCCGCUUGGUGGAAGGCUGCUUCUGUCCUGAGGGAACCAUGAACUACGCCCCCGGCUUUGACGUCUGUGUUCAGUCCUGCGGCUGUGUGGGGCCGGACAACGUGCCCAGAGAGUUUGGGGAGCACUUUGAGUUUGACUGCAAGGACUGCGUCUGUCUGGAGGGGGGCAGUGGCAUCGUCUGCCAACCCAAGAAGUGCCCAUCGAGCCCAGGACCCAAGUGCACGGAGGAGGGCACCUACCCUGUUCUCGAGGUCGACCCUGCCCAGCCUUGCUGCAACACCACGUCCUGCAAAUGUAACACCAGCCUCUGCAAGGAUGACGCCCACACCUGUCCACUUGGCUUCCAGGUGAAAAGGGAGCAGGUGGCCGGCAAGUGCUGCCCUGUCUAUUCCUGCGUGCCCAAGGGUGUCUGUGUGGUCGGAAAUGCCGAGUACCAGCCCGGCUCCCCAGUCUACUCCUCCAAGUGCCAGGAGUGCCAGUGCACCAGCCAGCGGAACAGCACCACCCAGCUCAACAUCAUCUCCUGCACCCACGUACCCUGCCCCAGCUCCUGCGACCCCGGCUUCGAGCUGGUGCCAGCGCCUGGUGAGUGCUGCAGGAAGUGUGAGCAGACACGCUGCAUCAUCACGCGGCCCAACGGCAACCACCUCAUCCUGCAGCCCGGGGACAUGAAGAACGACCCCACCAACAACUGCACCUUCUUCAGCUGCGUCAGGAUCCACAACCAGCUCAUCUCGUCCGUCUCCAACAUCACCUGCCCCGACUUCGACCCCAGCACCUGCCUGCCGGGCUCCAUCAAACUCAUGCCCAACGGCUGCUGCCAGACGUGCAUCCAUCGCAACGAGACCCGGCUGCCCUGCUCCACCAUCCCCAUCACCAAGGAGAUCUCGCACGCCGGCUGUGCCAGGAACGUCACCAUGAACUACUGCGCUGGCUCCUGCGGCACCUUCGCCAUGUACUCCCUGGAGGCUCAGUCCCUGGACCACAGGUGCUCCUGCUGCAAGGAGGAGCGCACCAGCCAGCGGGAGGUGGAGCUGCAGUGCCCCACGGGCGGCAGCAUCAAGCACACCUACACCCACAUCGAGAGCUGCCUGUGCCAGGACACCAGCUGCGAGCCCCGGCUCGCCCGGAGCCAUGCCCCGCACCCGGCCCGCCGCUCCAACCCCCGCGGCCCGCGGCCAAGCCCGGAGUGAGCUAGCCGC